UUCCACAAUCGAGUUUAAGCCAUCCUAGCAACAGUGAGGCUUCAGAGUGGUGCGACUCUUGGGUUGGGAGUUCUGGGACGCUGAACAGAGUAUCGGGGCAGAUAGAUGGAAGCGAAUGGGCUCCAUGAGGAGGAACGACCGGCACAAGCCAAGACCCUCUGCAGCUAUGUGGACGAAGGCAGUAUCGAGAGUCACAGAUACUACCUUUCUCGAAAGACUGUGCUCGAGAUGCUCAGAGACAGAGGCUUUUCUAUUCCCUCCUCUGAAAUCGACCUCUCUCUCGCCGAAUUUCGAGCCAUUCACGGCCAAUCCCCCGACAUUGAACGCCUCCGCUUCUCGGCCACUCACGCCUCUGACUCUUCCAAGCGGAUCUUGGUCAAUUUUUGCUGGCCUGGUGCUGUAAAAGUUAAUGUGAUCCGAAGCCUUGCAGGCCAACUUUUUAACACAGACACUUUAUCUGGGAUGAUAUUGAUAGUACAGGACCAGAUUACUAACCAGGCCUUGAAAGCUUUAGAAGUUUUCAAAUUCAAGGUUGAAGUUUUCCAGAUAACUGAUUUACUUGUUAACAUUACAAAGCAUGUCUUAAAGCCAAAGCAUGAGGUGCUGACUAAUCAACAGAAGCAAGAGCUUUUGAAGAAAUACAACAUAGAGGAAAAGCAGCUUCCCCGCAUGCUGCAGAAAGAUGCCAUUGCGCGAUAUUAUGGACUGGAGAGGGGACAAGUGGUUAAAGUCACUUAUAGUGGUGAUAUCUCCCAGAUGCAUGUCACAUACCGAUGUGUUUGGUGAUGCUUUCUUGUGCAGUUAUCUCUUGUAUUUUGUUAGUCGUAGUCCAAGCUAGCUGUUCAGUCAUACAGAAGCGGCGAAUUUUAGUUUCCAACUAGUGCCAUGUUUAUAAUCGCGCAAACUUCAUUCCUAGCGGUUUGCAUCAUGCUGUAUGUGUAGCUGUGAACUUCAUGAACAUAACAUGGUGGUUUUCUUUUUCACCCUGGAUUUUUUUCCAGUCUAGACUUAGAGACGCAGAUGCAAUUCUGAAUGCUUGCUCUUAUUACUAUUACUAUUAUUAUAAAUUAUUAAUAUUUAGCAUUGCCUUCA